AUGCUUGUAAAAGAUUUGAGAAUCGAAGGAGUGCAGGAUGGUGGAGUUACGAUUGCAUGGAAAUCUCCGAUUGAAGGUGAAUCUAUUGUUCAGCAAUUACGACAACCGAUGUAUGAAGUGCAAUAUUAUUAUAGGACCCAUCCUAAAAUACAACUGUUGCUGAAACGCCCGGAGUGUGGAAAAUUUACAGUAUUUUCCAAUCUACAAAUAGCGAAAGAUCCCGAAAUAACUGAUUUUAGCUCAAUCAGUAGUGAUAGUGAUAGUAUUUCAGUAUUUCAAUCGGUUCGUGCUUUAACUGAUUAUGGAUGGGGCUCAUGGAGUGAGCCAUUAUGGUACAAUCCGAAUCGAGAUUCGUUAUCACCGAUAUAUUCAACGAUAGGCGAUGGUUACGCUACGGAUUCGAAUAGAAAUAUUGCUGAUCAUCAUUGGUCGAUGGCGUUCGGUUCACGAAAAUGGCUAUGGAUAGCUCUUAUAUUUUUAUUCAUAAUAAUUAUUCUUCUAAUUUUUAUAAUAUAUAUUUAUCGUAUACGUGGACGAAAACGUUUUAGUGAUUGCGAUGGUUUGGAUCCAUACAAAAAUGGUACUUUAACACCGGACUACAAUGUACCAUCGUCACAAGGUAUUAUGCAAAACGUAUUCUGUGGCAAACUUGGUGUACCAUUAAUAUCUUCUUAUGGAUCACCACAGUUAGCUUGUCAUGGAAAUUCAAGGUUUAAACCCUAUGUCGAUCCUACAGCUUACGAGGAUCCAAACCAAGCUUUAUCGGAGUUUGCAAAUGAGGUGGAUCCAUCACUGAUUCGAAUAACAGAAGUUAUUGGAAGUGGUGAAUUUGGUGAAGUAUGUAAAGGCGUGCUUCAGUCUAAUGUUCGCUUAAAUGCCUAUGAUCUUCCUGAGGUUCAAACAGUAGCUAUUAAAACUCUUAAACCAGGAAGUAGUGAUAAAGCCAAAGGAGAUUUUUUAAUGGAAGCUUCAAUUAUGGGCCAAUUCGAUCAUGAAAAUGUCGUUAAGCUAGUUGGUGUAAUAACGAAGAGUGAACCGGUGAUGAUCGUAACCGAAUAUUUGGAAAAUGGUUCGCUUGAUCAGUUUCUU